UUAGAUCAGAGUCCAGGGUCGCGAUGGUUAAAAUAUGAUUGCAACUUUGUCACGACAAAAUAUUACCGUUUCAAUUAUCCGUUGGCUACUUCAAUCGGUUUCCGAAAUAAUUUUUUAAAGAAAUAUGCCGUAGGCAAGUGCGUAUACAUCAUGCUAGUUUAUACAUAAGUGUACACUUAUUACAAUAACAUACUUUAAAGGUUGGACUUUAAACUCGUAGGGAGGAGGUACGUCAAAGCAUACAAAGUGACCAACAAUUUGAAGAUGGAUAAAAAUGCGAGAGACGUGGGCUCAGGGCGGACACCUCUACUGCCUGCCUGCGGCCUCUGCCUGCUCUGCUGCUGUUCGUGGUUCUUCCUGGGGCCGGACUUGGCCCAUGCUCGCGACUUCACAGCCCAUGACGUCGUCAAGCUGUACCCUUCGACAACACCGCACCCGGGUGGAUUUAAAUGCUUCACGUGUGAAAACGCCAGAGAUAACUUUGAGUGCAAUCGCUGGGCUCCUGACACGUACUGUCCAAAAGAGAGCGAAUAUUGUCACACGCGCCACGUGAUGGCCACGGAUGGCCGGGAGAGCGUGCUGGUCAGCAAGAGGUGUUCCCAGCUCAGAGACUGCCUGCCUGUGGGAUGCCAGCGCAUAAGCAACGGGCGGAUCGAGUGUCUUUCAUGCUGUGAAGGGUCCAUCUGCAAUCUGCCUGUGCCAUACAAUGACUCACAAGCAAUAUUCGUGACCAUCUCACCGAGCAGUCGGGUCACACCAGUGGUAGCACACCUUCAGGGAGUCUAUGGAGGCUACCUUGCUUGGCUGUGGGUAUAUACUAUAAUGCUGGAAUCAAAUACUUGGUGAUAAACUCUCUGCACCAUUAUCAAAGUAUUAAAAAUAUACACUUAAAACUGAGAUGUGCAUUGAUCUAAAAUUAAAGUUGUAAUUUUUGCACACCCACAUGACUAGACAUACAUUUAAGUGCAGCAAACUUUCAUCGCCGUGCUCUGGGGGAUCUAAACAGCAGAC